GCCCAGCGGAGGAUACGGACCAGUAGCUACAGCUCACUGCAGUAGAGGAGACAAGCAGAGGCGAUAUUCCUCCAGUAUGGAUCUGACCGAAGAGGAUGACUAUGAUUACCACAACAACCUCACCCUGAACUACAGCUACGAGGACUACCACACCGUGUGUGAGAAGGCUGACGUGCGCUCCUUCGCUGGCCUCUUCCUCCCUGUGGUGUACGCAGCCUGUGUGGUGGUAGGGCUAGCCGGGAACUCCCUGGUGCUAGCUGUGUACGCCUACCACAAACGUCUGAGAAGAACCAUGACGGAAGCCUUCCUAGCACACUUGGCCGUAGCCGACCUCCUCCUCCUCCUCACCCUGCCCUUCUGGGCUGCAGACGCGGCGCUGGGCUGGGAGCUGGGCCUGCCUCUCUGUAAGCUGGUCUCGGCCUGCUACGCCAUCAACUUCACCUGCUGCAUGCUGCUGCUAGCCUGUGUUAGCAUGGACCGCUACCUAGCAUCUGUUAGAGCGGAGGGCAGGAACCAGGGAAAGCUGGGCAGGGUCUUCACCCGGGCGCACUGUGGGAAGGUCUGCCUAGGGGUGUGGGCUGUGGCUUUCCUCCUGGGUCUUCCCGAUCUUCUGUUCUCCACAGUAAGGGAGACCCCCGGGAGGAGGGUCUGCAUGGCCGUCUACCCGCCCAGUCUGGCCCGGGAGGUCAAGGCCUGCCUGGAGGUGGUUGAGGUCUUACUGGGGUUCCUGGUUCCUCUUCUGGUUAUGAUGUGGUGCUACGUCGGCGUGGGGCGUGUGCUGAGGCGGCUGCCCGAGGAGAGCAGAGGCAGGAGGCGGAGAGCUAUCCAGGUGUUGCUGGUCGUGGUGGGGUUGUUCGUGGUCACCCAGUUGCCCUAUAACGCGGUGAAGAUGUGUCGGGCGAUGGACUCGGUCUACACAUUGGUGACCCACUGUGGUGUGAGUAAGGCCCUGGACCGGGCGGCGCAGGUCACUGAGAGCCUGGCUCUGACCCACUGCUGUCUCAACCCACUACUCUAUGUCUUCCUAGGGUCCUCCUUCAGACAAUAUGCGCUGAAAGCAGCCAAGGCAUUUGGAGAAAGGACGAAGAGGAGAAGGGGGGAGCAGAGAGAGGACGAAGGAACGGAGAUGUCCUUCAACUCUCACAACACUGCCUCUCAGGAAACCAGCACCUUCUCCAUAUGAGAGAGAAGAGAGAGAGAGAGGGAGAGAGUGGGAGAGAGAGAGAGAAAGAGAGAGAGAGGAUCUCUUUGGCUAACACCUUUGUAUCACAUGAGAUUCUAGCACUUCUAUAGCAUGAGGACCUCCUCAACCCACCAAAUACCCGCCUCCCCUCAAGAAAGCCAGUCUGGAAAGAUCCACCCAAUGAUGACUUCAACAGAAAUCUGACCUGGACACAAUGGGAGUUACUGGACCUGACAAAUAAUCACCUCAUCCCCACCCCCACGCAACAGCCCCCUGGUUUCAACCUCCCCAGGAAGGAGGGAUUCACCCUCAAAAGGUUCAGGACUGGCCACGGCCCAUGCCUCGCCAACCUCCACCAAUGGGGAAUGAAAGAAAGCCCACUCUACGCCUGUGGGGUGGCGCAAACCCUGCACCACAUUCUUGAAGUCUGUCCAAUCUACAAACUCAGCGGAGGCCUACUCACCCUUAACACAGCGGGACUGGAAGCAAUCACUUGGCUAAAAGAUCUGAUUCAUAAUCUUGCUUCAGUGUAUUAAGAAGCUAUCAGCGAUGUAUAACCAGAUGCUUUAGUAUCAUUAAUACUAUAUAUCUGCUGCUAUGGAAUUAUUGAGCCCAACCAGGGGAAGGGUAAGGGCUAGCCUGGUCCCAGAUCUGUUUGUAAAGGUGCUGUCGUGCCAGCUCCUAUGGUCAUUGUCAAGGGGAAGUGACAAAACAGCACAAACAGAUGGGAUUAGGCUAAGGAGAAGCAUUCCAGUUAUCAGAAAGGAUCUAGCAUAAAAAAACUAGUAGAUUCAUGCUCUACCCUGCAUCUUGAAACCACAUUUUUGUUUCGACACCAGCCCUUGUCCUCAGACAUGUGGUUGACAAUGACCUCAGGAAUAGCGAAGUGUUUACAUUCCUGUCUUUUCUAUCAAAACAACGACAAGUUCCAGACGUUAAUUAAAGCGAAGUUAUAGGGGAUAAUGACCUUCUGUUGCACAGAACGCACACACACCCUCUUGAUUGGCCUAGCAUGUUGGGGAGCUCACACUUGUCAGUGGGGCCAGGGUACAUUGUAAUCAUAUGAGAUAAGAAAAUGGCUAUUUGAAGUUGUAUGUUUAUUUUGGGGGGAGAAACAUCAAAUGUAAGCAAGUUACUCGUGCCAAUAGCAGUCCUCUGGGAUGGGUGGUGCCGCUAAUUUCAAUCUCAUUAACUCAUUACUCAAAAUGUCAGCCACGACUUACCAAAACAGGUCAAUCUUCUCCACUCUCUAAAAAACAGCUGCGUAUGUGGGGUGGGUCAGCCUGACCUCAGAGCCAUACAAAACAUAUUAUAUGUAUUUUUGACCACCUCCAGGACGUGAUACCUACAAAUGAUCUAGUUACUUUAGACAAAAACAAAACUAGGGAGGUUGGUCAGAGAGGAUGGAUGGGUGUAAUCUGUGACCGUCUAGCAAUCCAAAAGGUUGCAUGUUUUUGAGUCGCGUCAGUGACAACUGUAGCAUCUUAGCUAACCCUUCCCCUAACCCUUAUUCUAAACGUAACCCAUUUCACCUAACCUGCUACAGAAAUAUUACAUUUACAUAAGUAUUCA